AUGGCAUCAUCCAUGGAGAACUCGGAACAGUCUUUCUACAACUCACCUACCUCUACUCUACCUGCCCCACAUCUGUUUCCUCUUUCUUCUCCAACAACACCAGCCACUUCAUGCAAAUCCAGUACGAUUCACUCAAACAACUAUCUCACUCCACAAUGGAUGCAUGCACGACCAGUUCAGAGUGCUUUUAUGUCAACUGGUUUAUUACUGAAGAAAAAUAAACAAAAAGCCCAUUCAAGUGCAAUUGCAUGUACUGUACCUGGAACUCCGAACAAGGGUACUCCAGAAAACCUAAUGUCGCGAUUCCAGUGUGAUUCACCUGGAGCCACUUGUCCAGGCACACCUAUCCGUGAAUUCGGAAGGGAUGAUAUAUUGGAAUACUCGCCGAAUUCGCCGAGUAUGCCAGAAACUCCCCUGCGUAGAUUUUCUACUUGUCAAAGACUGUCUACACCAGGUUCAUUUCCGAGCUAUCCAAGUACACCAGUGCCCUGCUCUGCUGACACUUCAGACUUCGCUUCUUUAUCACCCUUCGUGGCGACAUCUCCACACAACGUAGGGAGCACCGACUUUCUGAGAAGAUUAUCAAAUAAGGUGUCAUUGUCUACCAAAGCGCGUGACUACGUCACGAUGUAUCCGAGGUUUCUGAAUCUGAAAUAUCUUGAACAUGAGAGGCGUUAUUCCGAAUCUGGAAUUUGUGGUAAUAAAGACAACAACAACGGGCGGACUUUCAGCACUUAUUUAGACCGAAGCUUUGAAAUAAUUAGUUUACUUGGAUCGGGGGAAUUCUCGGAUGCAUAUGAAGUAUGCGAUAAAAGGUCUGGCCAAUACUAUGCAAUAAAAAAAACCAAGCUCAAAUAUGCUGGACUAUCAGACAGACGCAAACGUCUCGAGGAAGUAGAAAUAAUGUGGAAACUUGAACCACAUCCACAUUGUGUACAGUUAAUCCAAGCAUGGGAAGAGAGAGGCCACUUGUAUCUACAAUUAGAACUAUGCGAUAACGGCAGUCUGUACGAAUUUAUAGACAAUUACUGUGCUGAAGAACAAAUAGAUGAAAUUAGAAUAUGGAAAAUACUAACAGAUCUCGCAUUGGGUAUCAAACACAUCCAUGAUCAUAAUAUCGUUCAUCUCGAUCUUAAGCCGGCAAAUAUAUUUAUUACAAAGCAACUGUGUCUCAAGAUAGGUGACUUUGGUUUAGCAACAGAGUUACCAUUGAGAGAAGAUAUUGAAGACAGAGAGGGAGAUCGUGAAUAUAUAUCGUUAGAAGCGUUAAAUGGGCAUUAUGGUAAAGAAGCCGACAUUUUCAGUCUUGGUUUGAUAAUCUUCGAACUAGCAGCAAGUAUCAUCCUCCCAGAUAAUGGCCCAGAAUGGGAUAAACUUCGCUCUGGUAUUAUAAGAGACUUUCACUUCAUCUCAAUCUCAUCCACACUCGUUGCCCUUAUCGAAAGCAUGCUUAGGCCAGACUAUAAACAGAGACCCACUGCUGAUGAGAUAUUGUCUCAUCCAGUAGUACAAUUUAUUGUGAAAAGUAGAGAGAAUGGAUUGAUGGUAAAGGGGACAUUGGACGUCGACGAUCAUGUAAUCAUCGAGAGUGUAAAGAAUGUGAUUGAGUCAUGUGAAGACAAGAGCAUAUGGGAAAAAGAAGAAGACAGUGCCAACAUUUUUGAGGAUGGUGGAGAGAAGUAG